UUCCAACACAUGUCGUAGACGAUAUAUUAGUUAAUACAACAGUAUAUUAUUAUCAAACAUUCCAAUAUUUAAAUAGUCAAAGUACAACAUUUAUACAAUGUCAAGAAACUUUGAUGAAGCCGUGAAUAUAUAUUCGCCCAAUGGCCAUUUGAUGCAGGUGGAAUACGCUGAAGUUGCGGUACGAAAAGGCUCCACAGUAGUGGGCCUUCGGACUAACGAAUGCGUUGUGUUGGGUGCAGAGAAAAGGGCAAUAGAUAUGCUACAAAUCGAGAGAACGUCGCACAGAAUAAAAAAAAUAGAUGAGCAUAUAGCAAUGACCUUUGCGGGUCUUACGGCUGAUGCUCGAGUAUUAGCGGGUCGCGCGCAAAUGGAGGCUCAAAGUCAUCGGCUAAACUUUCAUCGUCCCUCAAGUGUAGAACAUAUCACAAGAUUUUUGGCGAAAUUAAAGCAGAACUAUACGCAAAGCUUUGGAAGGCGUCCGUUUGGCGUUGCCUGCUUGGUUGGGGGGUUCGAUUGUGAUGGCAAGCCACAUCUAUUCCAGACUGACCCCUCGGGCAUCUACUACGAAUGGUUGGCUAAUACAACAGGUCGCAUGGGACAAACGGCGAAUGAGUACCUGCAAAAGAAUUUAAAAGCAAUCUGUACUACCUCAGACACAAUUUCAGCCAUGAAGCACGUUGUAAAAGCCUUGCAAAUGGCCGCGUCUUCGGACGGCAGCUACUUUGAUAUGGUUGUGAUCAAGUAUAAGCAGCCAAUUGAAAUAGUCAGCACGGAUAAGUUAAACUAUCUGAUAGAGGUAAUUAAGCAGGAGAGUAUUGGAAAUACGACUAGAAGGCAUUUCGGGCCGGUUUAAGUCCAAUUUACAAUCUUGGAUUUGUCUGCGAAAUACUUAUGAUCCACUUCAAUUUAUUGGAGGUACACAGAAAUAUUAAA